AUGGGGACUGAUAACACAACCAUAGACGGUUCAUCUGGACUGAAAUCAGCUCUCAAACACAUUCACACAUUCUCUCUGGUCAUCUAUUGUGUGAUUAUAGUGGUUGGGACAGUUGGUAAUGGUCUGGUCAUCUAUGUGACCGGCUUCAAGAUGAAGAAAACAGUCAACUCUUUGUGGUUUCUCAACUUGGCUCUCGCCGACUUCCUCUUCACAGCGUUCCUGGUGUUUACAGCAGUGUCUCUCUCUCAGCAGCACCACUGGCCCUUUGGAGAAUUUAUGUGCAAACUCAACAACUUUGUGAGCUUGGUCAACAUGUUUGCCAGCGUCUUUUUUCUGAUGGCCAUAAAUCUGGAUAGAUGCCUAUCUACGUGGGUGGUGGAAUGGGCACAAAACGAGCGCACUGUCCUUAAGGCUCAAAUCAUCAGUGCUGUAAUCUGGUUUGCUGCAGGGAUCUGUAGCACACCUUACGCCAGCUUUCGCAUUGUGACCAACCAGGAGAAUGUCACCAAGUGCAAAUACAAAGAUAACAUCCAACUAAAAUGGACUCUGUACACUUUCCGCUUUGUUGUGGGCUUCCUCAUCCCAUUCUUGGCAAUAUUUCUCUCUUACGUAGCAAUAGAAAUACGUUCCAAGCGGCUGCAAAAUGUGAGGAAACACUUAUCUCACCGCGUAAUUGUUUUAAUCAUUGUUGCAUUCUUCAUCUGCUGGUUGCCAUUUCAUGUUAUGAGUUUUAUAGACUUAGCUUCCAACAAUAACCAGGACCUUAGCAAGAUUGUUGACAUUGGAGGUCCUUUGACUGUGAGUCUAGCUUUCAUGAACAGCUGCCUGAACCCCAUCCUCUACGUUUUCAUCCGAGACGACUUCCAAAAUCAGUUUCAUCAGUCUGUGUGCUUUGUUGUAGAAAAUGCUCUGGCGGAGGACCUUUUGCCAUCUGUAACCUCUCGUUUCUUGUCACCACAGUUGCUACGGGCUGAUAGAAAAUCACAGACCUCUGUUCCUGUCUAGAAGAAAUACAUAGGAAUUUAAUUACAUAUCUAGAAUGUAUUGCAAUGUAUGUAUAGAGAAAAUAUGCAUGUGAAUUCUUUUUACUUUAUUUAGCUUUUGAUGUUUUUUCAACUGUAGGUGACUUUAUUGUGUGUGAUUUCCUUAAAUGUUAAGUCUUUAAAAAAAUAUUAGUUACGUGUCGCGAUUUAUAGUCUAAGUUGACAAUCUGCACCACAUUAGCUUAGACUAUUAUAAAGUAAACAAAUUGAAGACUCUCUUCAUUGAUCUGUAUGCUAACCUGCCUAAAAUGUUUCAUAUUUUAGGAUGUUGCAUGGUAUAGAGGUAGAGAUGGUUCCCUUUAUACAGAGAAUAUCACUAUAAACCCAGAAUCAAAAAUAUUGAGUUCAUAAUACUUGUAUUUGCCUAAUUUCUGAGAAUGCAAAUUUUGAUUAAACUGACCUCUUUCAUUUCCCUUUUGAUUUUAAAUCUCUUUUAAUGUCCUUUGGAAACACCUGCUUAGUCUGCAGACAUGCAUUCCUAACAUAGAGCAUCUCUCCCUGAUAGUCAUUAAGUGCUUUAGUGGUCGUGGCUUUCAUUGUGGACUGCGCAUUGACGUCACUGUGGACCCACAUCAAUGUGUGUGCAGGAAGAACCGACCCACAGCAUUAACACAGGAUUCGCCCACUUAGAAAACCAGGACUAUUAUCCUCAUCUGCUCUUUGUGGAUUUCACACCAACAUUCAACACACUUUUACAACAGACUGAUUCAGAACUUAAUACACCUGGACUGAGUUACACCCUUUGCAACUGGAUUUUUAAAAUAUCUCUUCCUGCCCUGUCACUCUCAGCACCGGCUCCCUCUAGGGCAGUGUGCUGAGCCCCUUCUGUUUAUUCUGCUCAUAUAUGGGACUGCUCAGCAAACAACUCCGUUGCCUCAUUGUGAAGUUUGCAGAUGACACAUCUGUAGUUAGUCUGACAACUGGCAGGAGGUGGAGCACAUGGAGGGUUGAUGCAAAGGAAACAACCUCUUCAUCAAUGUGAAGAAGAUAAAGGAGAUGAUGAUACACUGUCAGAGGGACAGCAGUGGAUGUGGUCUCUAAGCUACAGGUACCUGGGUGUACACAUCAUUGAUGACCUCACCUGGAGCACGAACGUCUCCUGCCUGAUUCGAAAAGCACACUACUGUCUCUACUUCACUGGGAUGAGUCUGACACCGGAGGUCAGUCCUGACAUUAUGCUACAGACGUGGAGUUGAGAGUGUCCUCUGUCUCUGCAUCACCAUGUGGCACCGCAGUUGUUCUGUAGCAGAGAAGGCACAGAACAGCAAUGCAGAAGGCGGUGAAAGCUGCACAGAGGAUGGUGGAUUGCAGCGUCUUAACCAUCAUGGACAUCAAGAUCUCCAAAUAUAAGAAAUGGGCCUCCUGCAUCAUGAAAGACUCAACUCAGCCUGUGCCUUCCAAUGUUUUUCCUCUUCCCUUCAUGCAGAAGGUUGCAGAGCAAAUAGCAGG